AGUACCUGUACCUGAAGUCAGUGAAGCUGUUCUUGAACACAGCGGGUCAGCUGUUGAUGACGUGUCUUCUCGUGCGGCCCCAGGCCCAGCGGAGGGCUGUGAUCCAGCCGUACACUGCGCACUCUAUUCUGUUGUCGAGGUCAUUUAAUACUAUUUGCAUCGUUUCCCAUCAUUCUACUCUGAAUGGCCCUUUGUGAGAACGUUAAACUAUGUUUUUAGAAAUGUUUGUACAUUUAUAAAGACGUUUGAAAAACUGAAAUCUCUUGUUUACUCAGUCAGGGGCAUUGUCUUCAUAACGUGUGUUUUGCAGCUCAACCGCUAGGGGCAGCAGAGGCUCUCAGACGAGUCCCGUCCACCGGAUUGUUCCGCAGGAAGAAGAACCGGACGCGCGGGAGCAGACAUGGCGACGGGAGUGGACCAGGCGGUCGGGAUGGGCCUGGUGGGCCUCAGCCUGCUGCUCUUCACCUACUACUCCGUCUGGGUGCUGGUGCUGCCCUUCAUGGCGCCAGGUCACACGCUGCAGCUCUACUUCCUCCCAAGAGAGUUCUCCGUCAUCCUGCCUGGCGCCGCGGCCGCGAUGCUGCUCCUCUGUAUCGGGGCCUUCACUGCUGUCGUCAUGUGGAAGAACCACAAGCCAAAGAAAGUGCAGAACAGCUCUGAGUGUGGCGCCUCCCUUAGAGCAGCCCAGACUCAUCGCCCUGAACAGCUCAACCUCAAAGACGUGUCAACGUGAGCUGCUGCAGCCAAGGACACACGACCCACAAUGCAUCACUCUGCUCUAACACACAUCUGGUCCUCUGGGACCGGAAUGUCAUCAUGUCCUGAACUCUGAGUAUGUAAACAUGUGGAGAUGCUAGCAGCUCGUUGGCUAACGUCAGCUAUCUGACUUUAUCACGAAUAAAAUGUUGAUGCUGGGAAA